ACCACUCAGCUGAGAAGCAUAUUCCCAUUCUCCACCUGUUCGACAGAGGACUCCAGACAACAUGGUCCCAGGAUUCUGUUCUUCGUUUGGACUUCUAGUCAUCCUGUCCUUCCAGAAUGUUCCCGAUGUCGGCGGUUUCCCCAAUGUGCCUCUGUUCAGCCUCUUCACAAAUGCUGUGAACAGAGCACAACACCUGCACAUGCUGGCUGCGGAUAUAUACAAAGACUAUGAACGAACAUAUAUUACAGAUGACGUGAGACGUUCAAGUAAGAACUCACAAGUGGUGUCUUGUUACUCUGAAAACAUCCCUGCUCCAACGGACAAAGACAACACUCACCUAAAGUCUGACAUGGACCUUUUGCGAUUCUCGCUGACCCUCAUUCAGUCUUGGCUGAACCCAGUGCAAGCCCUUCACAGGCUCUUUAGGAAUUCCGAUGUCUACGAGAGACUGAAGUACCUUGAGGAAGGCAUCCAGUCCCUGAUCCGGGAACUGGAAGAUGGAAACCUCCGCAGCUACUCCUUUAUGAGAACGCCUUAUGAAAGGUUGGACAUCAACAUGCGCACUGACGACGGCCUUUUAAAAGUCUACGGCCUCCUGUCCUGUUUCAAGAAAGACAUGCACAAAGUAGAGACCUACAUGAAAGUCAUCAAGUGCCGACACUUUGCCGAAAGCAAGUGUGUAAUUUAACAUUUGCUGGUAAACACAAGUUUGC